AUGCCCGUCUCAAAAAGCUACCACAUCCGCCCGCUGGAAUGGGAAAACGACCCAGAGGUAGAGCGGUACAGGAUCUCAACGCUUGACUACCUCUCCGUCAGCAGCUACAACAACUACGCCCUCUUCUUCCGCCUGGUCGAUUCCGAAAAGCCCAAUGCUGUAAACAUCCUCAAAGCCGGCCUUGAGCGAACACUCGCCCAAGCACGCCAUCUCUGCGGCGCAAUCGAGAAAGACCCUAGCGGCGGCCACGCCUUUACCAAGAGAAAAGACAGCACAGUUCAAUUCGUCGUGCAAUGGCUCGACCUGGAGGAAGACGCAGAAACAUAUCCCUCGAUCGACGACAUCGAAGAAGCGAACUUCGCCGCCGUCAAACUGGGCGACCUCAACCUCUGGAGCGUACCUCCCAUGACAUACGGCGAGAAACCCGAAGCCCAUAUCGACGCACGCCCCGUCGUCGCAGCGUACAAAGCAAACUUCGUCCGCGGCGGUCUCGUCUUCGUCAUGCACCACCACCACUACGCCAACGACGUAAUGGGCUGGGCGGGUCUCACGCACCAACUCGCCGAGAACUGCUACGCGAUUCAGAACAAGACCCCCUUCCCACACUGGGACACCGCAAACCUCGACCUCACCCGCCUUACCAAACCUGAUCCGCCCGAGGAAGAACAGAUCGAUGGACCGCCCCAGCCCCAGCGCCAUCCAGCCCAGCUAGACGGGAUAUCCCUCCUCUUCCACCUUCGCCAGAGUAAAGCCGCCGAACUCAAAAGACUUGCAACGCCAAAGGACGGCUCCUGGAUCUCAACCUACGACGCCUUCUCGGCGUUCAUCUGGCGCACGCUUACGCGCCUCCGCGCCCCGGUCUUCAACCCCGACCCUGAGAAACCAGGGGCACUUUUGUGGGGCGAAGCCGUCGAUAUGAGACGACGCAUGCGUGAUCCCCCUGUUCCACCCCGGAUGCAGGGGAACGUCGUCUCCGCGGCGCUGAGCAGAAGCGCUCCGGAUGGUACAACGCACCCCACCGUCAGCGACAUCAUACGCGACUGGCCGUUGUCGAGACUAGCCUCGUACAUCCGGGCGCUAACGAACAGCGUUACGCAGGAGGGGGUCGACUCGGCCUUGACGCUUGUCUCGCGGGUCCGUGAUAAAACGGCGCUCAAUACGCGGAUCGACUCGUUUCCGCCGAUGAGCAUACUCAUGACGGAUCAUCGGGAUGCCCGGGUUGCAGGCAGGGAUUUUGGGUUUGGCCGGCCGGUUGCUUAUCGGCAUUUGGUGGAUUGUGUUACCAAUGGGGUUGUUGUUGUUUAUCCGCCUAGGGCUAGGGCUCGCCCCCGCCUUGAGAGUGCAGGUGGGAAUGGGGCAGUUGGCGAGCGGGAGGGGGAAGGGGCUCGGGAAGAUGAGGGCUGUGAGUUCUCGAUUUUCUAUGAGCGGGAUCUUGCGGCGGCGCUGGUGGGUGAUGCCGAGUGGAGGGCGUUCUUUGAGUACAGGGGGGUGGAUGGGGUGGAUGUUGCUACGACGAAGGAGGUUCCUGUUUAUACAUAG